CAAGGUGUCAACGGAGGUUUGAACGGUCAGCAGCAGGGAGCAAAUGCCUCGAAUGGCAAUGGGGUGGCGCCCGCAACUCCCGCUGCUACUCCUGGUGCCAACGCGCCAGGAAGCGGCAUUGUGCCUACGUUGCAGUGAGUAUACUCUUACUGUUCUCGUUCUUCUGGUUUACCAGAUUGCUGAACAAGACUUCUUCUAUCUUCAAAGAAACAUUGUCGCCACGGUCAACCUUGACUGUCGCCUGGACCUGAAGACGAUCGCGCUCCACGCAAGAAAUGCGGAGUACAACCCAAAGGUAUUACUUUCCACAUCCUCCUGAGCUUGGCACGUCAGGGGAC